AUGGUAGAAAUAAGAAAUAUAUUAUUAAUCGGCAAUGCGGGUAAAGGAAAGUCUACCCUUGCAAAUGUUAUUACUGGAACUAAUGAAUUUGAGGAAAAUACGCAUCGUAUUCGAGGUACUAGCGAGGCAAAGUCUUUAGAAUUUGAUCACAGAGGAUUAAGAUACCGUGUCAUUGAUACCGUAGGAAUUGGAGAUUCUAUCAGGCCAACAGGAGAUAUAAUAA